AUGGAUUUGACACCAUUGAAUUUCACUAACCUCCUCAAUAGUAGCAAAUCAGCCCUUGAUGAUCUCAAUGAACCAUUGCAUGCAUACGAUUUUCCAUUGAGCCAGUGUCAUCUCAAUGAUUCUCCUUAUGAAGAGAUAUGUAGAACUGAAUUUUGUGCUACUGAAGAGCAGCAGUCACCUUGUGAACCUAGCAGCAAGAAAGCUGCUGCACCACGACAAGCUAACUUCUCAAUUGAGGAAGACAAACUUCUUGUAUCUGCAUGGCUCAAUAUCAGCUUGGACCCUGUCAAAGGAACUGGCCAAAAGAGACAACAAUUCUGGAAAAGAAUUACAAAAUACUUUGAAGACAACAAGACGUGGACUGGUGAACGGUCGACAAAAUCACUCAUUAAUCGUUGGUCAACAAUCAGCAGCAGUGUGAGCAAGUUUUGUGGACAUUAUUCUUCAAUUGAACACUUGAGGAGAAGUGGUUACACAGAACAAGAUAAGAUAGUGGAGGCAAAAGAGACUUACAAGAAAGAAGAACGUCAUGCAUUUGUACUUGAUCAUUGUUGGGUUGUUUUGAGGUUCCAGCAAAAAUGGAUGGAUGAACAUCAAAAUCAAGAAUCUAAGAGACAACAACAGAAGGUUCGUUCUAGUAAGAAUCAUGAUUCAAUCAACUUAGAAGAUGAUUUGGAAGCUCCUGAACCUGCAAGCUUGAAGAGGCCAAUUGGGAGAAAGGCUGCAAAAGAAGCAAACAAGAAAGCAAAGUCCAACGAUGAAGGUAGCGCAAAUGAGAAGGAAUCUAAAAUCCGUUCUGAGUUGGAAGAGUUCAGAGCAAAGCGAUUAGAAAGUGAUCGCAUAAAGGCUGAACAAUUUAAGUUGCUACUUGAUACUCAGAAAAAGGAAGUUGCUCUUAAGAGAAGGAACUUGAGCUUCAGGCUCGGAGUGAGGAGAUUGGAAUAA